CACUUUCGAGUUGGCAACAAGUAAAUUAUUUUCCACGUUGGCAACCAUGUACCAUGUGCUUGGUUCGUUUGGUUGGUUGUUCGUCCAUUUUCAAUAGGUUCCCGCGCCGACGAGACAUUUUACAUGUCAUGUUUGUGAAAAACCAGUCAAGGAAUGUUCUUCGCCGACUCGCCCUUAAGAUGGACAAAAAUCGCAACACCAAGUUCAAUGCCUGUGUACUCAACGAGGUGGACUCCAAUAAUGAUCCAGUCAAUCGGUGGUGCAAGAGUGGAACCCGAAGUACAGAUGCAUUUUGUAUUCUCUGCAACUGCACCAUUUCUUGCGUGCAACAUGGAACAGCAGCAGUGAAGCGUCAUGCAGGGAUGAAGAAACACAUUGAUGCAGCUGCUAGACACAGACACUAGGAUGGGAAUCUUCCACCCAAAUUGGUGCAAGGCACACUGGACUUCUCUAAUGGGUCUGGUAACACGUCACUUGAGUCAGCAAGGCAGAAACUAUUUUUGCUUUGUCUGUUGUUGCCAAGGGAAUUCCUUUUUCAUGGGGAGACAUGGCAACUUCGAUUUAUCGCUGCAUGUUCCCUGACAGUGGCAUAGCCAAAAAGUUUAGCUGCGGAAGGAUGAAAUUGGCACGCAUUGUAUCAGAUGGACUGGGUCCCUACUUCAAAGGACAAGUGGUGGCUGAGCUAUGCAAGCCAAAUGUUUAUUAUUCCAUUAUGAUCGAUGAAACACCAAAGCCAGAGGCUAAGGGUGCAGCAACUAGAUGUCCUGGCACGUUACUUCUCCAGCAGCCAACAGGAAGUUGUUGUAGAGCAUGUUCAGUCAUUCGAUCUUGGCCGUGCAACCGCUGAAAUAAUUGUGGGCUGUAUAGAAGAAGCAAUUGCAGAUCUGCCAAAACAAGGACUUGUUUGUUUUUUCAGCGAUGGGCCUAGUGUUAUGAAGAGCGUAAAAAACAAGCUUCAGAAGCAUGUGGCACCAAGCUUAGUCGACACUGGCUACUGUAAUCUUCAUAAGGUUCAUAAUGCAUUUGGAAAAGGCUUGGAUGCAUUUGGCUUGGAUGUCAAAGAAGUAGUAAGAAACAUCUACUACUACUUUAAAGGUGCUGUCGGUGCUGAAGCACCCAAAGAAUGCCAGGAGACCUUAGGAAUUCCUUGUCAUGUAUUUCUGCGCCACGUUUCUAAUCGCUGGCUGACACUACAGGACUCGUUGUGCCGUUUUGAAGAACAGUUUGAAGCACUUUGUGCCUAUUUUCUUAAGGGAAGUACAUCAAAACAACGAUAUGACACUCGAAGCCUCCACAACAAGCUUGUGUCAGCAUUUUCUGAGAAGCAACUUUUGCCUAAAGUGUUGUUCUUAAAGAACUGUGCGCAGCUUUUUAGUGGAUUUCAGCUGCUGUUUCAAAGGCAAGAGCCGCUCUUGCACAUACUUCACACUGAACUUAUUGCUCUGGUCCAGCGAGUCCUAAGUCGGUUUCUGCGUCAUGAGGCCUUUGCAGACAAGAGCGCUGAAGAACUAAAAAGGCUAGACGUGACUGAUUCAUCUCUUUCGAAGUCAAAACCUGAAGUUGGUGCAGAUACCAAAAAAUCAAUGCUUCAGUGGGACUCAAGUGAGAAGAAGCGGUUUUAUCUUGGAGCACGGGCUUUCUACUUGGCCUGUGCCAAGGACCUUCUUCAUAAGCUUCCGCUUGACAAUCGAGUUCUUCAAUGUGCCAGCCUCCUCAGUUUACAGUCAACAAAUGUUGAGUCCGAAGUGGGAUCACUAAAAUACCUUGUGUCGCAGCUUCUUCAAGUAAUCAAGAAUGAAGAAGUUUUGUCUGUAAUUGAUGAGUGACAUAUGCUGAAGCGUGACUCCAAUAGUGCCCUUCUGGCCCUUGAAGAUGAACGAAUUGAUGCUCGUUGGGCCAAAAUAUUUGAACAGAAGUCUGCCGGAGGUCAACCAAAGUAUCCGUUGUUGUCGAAGCUUAUGAAGUGUCUGCUGUCUACCACAUGGCAAUGUGGACUGCAAACGAGGGUUUAGUGAAAAUAAACACUUGUACGAAAACCGCUACUCAUUAUGCAUCGCAAGCAUUAACGGACUGCGCCAGACAAAAACGUAACUUCGCCGCUAUGAUGGAGAUGCCAGUAAAGUGCCCUUGUCUACAGAGCUGCUGCAAAGUGUGAGGAGAUCCAGAGCCCGAUAUGCAGAGAGAACUGCAAGUGCACAUCAGUCGGAAAGCAGAAAAAGGCUUGGAGGCAAAGACACUGGUGCUGAUAUUGUUGAUGAAAAGUGGCUCCGAAAGAGCUUGGAAGAAAAGGUCACCUCAUGUAGGACACUGCUGAAGCGAGCAGAGGACAUCAUUUCUUCUGGUCUGAAUUGCAAGUUGAAGCAAGUUGAAGCUAGGCAAACUUUAUUAGCUAAAGACAAUUCCACUUUGAGCCAAGCCCUCUCACAGCUGGAAGAACUAAACAAGAAGGCAAGCAAAAGGCAAUAAAUGCUGCAACGUGCACAUCUUUGUUCGUUAAAUAAAACAAAAUUCAAGACAGCCCUUACAA